UGCCAUUGUUUUCUCAUAAUGGCUUCGCGGGAAACGUGAGUACACCGAUUGUAAGAGAAGUGAAGAAAGUAUUGCAGAACAACCUUGCGGGACAUUUACAACAUAUCGGGCAUCAUGGCUUCCAAAGGAAAAGUACAAAAAGUGAUGGUUCAGCCAAUUAACUUGAUUUUCAGGUAUUUACAAAAUAGAGCAAGAAUUCAGAUAUGGUUAUAUGAACAAACAAAGAUGAGAAUUGAAGGACAUAUUAUUGGUUUUGAUGAGUACAUGAACUUGGUUCUUGAUGAAGCUGAGGAGGUUCACCUUAAAACUAAAACAAGGAAACCAAUAGGUCGCAUUUUACUGAAAGGAGACAAUAUCACUCUCAUACAAAAUGCAACAAAUAUUUGAGCAUUGCAGCUUUGUUAUAUCUGGGAUUGGCAAGCAAAGGUGCAUUGAACUUUGAUAAGUAGUUUCUGAAUUCCAUUUUUUUGGGCUAUGUCUUUGGCAUUGCUUAUGGACAGGUCCAAAGGAUCAUCAAUAAUCAGCAAGAAGGCUUAUAGAAGUGGACGUUCCUAGAUCUUUAAAUGAAUUGUCCUGUAAAAAGAAAAGAUAAUACGGCAAUGCCAGAUAUUGGCACUUUAUAUUAGAUUAUUAUUUCUUUUGGUGGUACAUAAAUUGAAAAUGGCUUUGAAAAGAGCAAACAUUUCAGUAUAGCAAAGCUUUUUGUCUGACACUCUUCAGACAUUUUAUGCUCUAAAUUAGUAUACUCAAAUGUUUGCUUUUUUUCAAAGCCAUCAUCAUUGCUAUUAGUUUACCAUUACUGAUUGACAUUUUACUUUUGAAGUAACUUUUAAACAUUCUUCAAAAAUUAAAGUUAUGAGGUAUUACUCAAUUUAGUUGUGGUGAUUUAUAUGUAAGGAAUCCACUCUCUCUUUAAUAAAUAUAUCUCCUUAUAAAUUAGAAAAUUGUCUACACUUGAGGUUUUUGGAUGUUUGUGUUUUUACUCAAAUCAUGUUCGUAUAUUUUGGCUUCCAGCUUAAACUAUUUCCAGCUUUACAUGUAGUAAUUUUUAAGCAACCAAGUGGUAUCUGGGAUGACUUUAAGGCCAGGGUAUUUGCAACAUCUUUAUAAGCUUUUGAUUAUAUUUAUUUCCAUACUAGCAAUUUUAUUUUAAACAACUGCUGGCAUCUUGAAAAUUGACCAGCCUCUGGCAGAAAAUUAUUUAAUCCUUUGGGUAACAAAAGUGUUGAAGGUUGCAUAUCAUCUUGCAUAUCUGUAGAAAAGGGGCUUCUUCCUUAGACUGCCAAAUCCCAUCUCAACUUUGCUUAUAAAAGUAUUUAAAGGAGAUGUUUGAUAUUUUAAGAUCACAUUCGUACUAAAAUCUGACUGUCCUGGCUGAACUUCUUCAUCCUCCGACUAUGUUUUUUUAAAAUGUGAUUUGCCAUAAGAGCACUCCUAGUUGUAUUGCAUGUUUAUUGACACUGUUUCUUGGA